AUGGAAACGGCCGAGACCUUUCCGCUCAUGACUCGUCACGUAUCCGCAAUCAGCGCCUGCACCUGGCUAGCUGCCAUCGUCUGCUUCGUCUUCUGCUGGUCAUUCAGCAACGCCAGCAUGCACAGGGAGGACGCCGAGAGGAAUUCAUGGGCGGACGAUGCGGAGGACAUUCAGAUCGACCCCUACGUCAGCGAGCUGGUCAGCCGGCUGCGCACGCUCGACGACGCAGAGAAGAUCAAUCUGGCCCACAAACGCGGGCUGGACUUCGGCCUGGGCCGCGGCUUCUCGGCCACGCAGGCGCCAAGCAUAAGAUGGGCCUGGACGGCAGCAGCCUUCCCGGGCGGAACCCGGCCGCCGGCGACGCUCCGUCGAGUAGACGCUCCAUCUGUAAACCACGACCUCUCACCUCGACCGUGCCCUCACUCCUGCGCCGGCGGUUCCGUGUAG